AUGAACGCUGCACUUCCGCGGGCGGGACCCGCAAAUCAGACCGCCGACAUCGUCUUUUCCGGUGGCGAUCCGUACUCGUGGCCCGAACAAUCGGACUGGAAGAUCUGGGAUUCUGGCGCCGUUGCGAGGGUGGCUUCCGGUGGCAGCGCCGUCUAUACCCAGGUGCCUCGCGCCACGCUCAAGUUCGACUUCAGGGGACGACAGCUCAGCAUCGCCUUUGUCGCCUUCUCCCGACCCUCUUCGGUGGCGAUUUCAAUCGACGGCGGCGCCGUAAGCAGAACCGUCGAGAUUACGACCGCCGAUGCCGACGAGCUAUCCGUUGCGGCCUCGCGACAAGAUGUCAUCAAGGUCGUCUUCGACUCGCUCGUUUGCGCCAACCACUCAGUCACGCUCACCAACACAUCCCCUGCUGCCGUCGCCACCAAGACCGCCAGGCUUACCUUUGACGCCUACAGCUUCCUGCCUCCGGGAGACGAGCCCUGCGGUUCGCUUCCGUUGGGCGGAGAGGGCAAGGACGAUACCGUAGAUGUCAUCAAGGAGCCCGCCCCUUUUCCACCAACGCCCUCUCCAGCUCGCAGGGAUCAGGACCGCCCGCAAGACGUUGCAAAGGUGGCAGGCAUCGCGGUCGGCAGCGUCUUCGCUGUUGCUGCCCUGGUAACGCUCUUCGCCUGGAUCAUUCGCCGCCAACUUAGCAAGCGCAAAGCCGUCGCGGGCGAUGCGGUCCAAAAGUCGUCGUCGGGACAGGGCGCAAAUGCAAGGUGGCCUUGGAGCAGGACCUCGGCACUCGUCAAGGGGGAUGGCUCCGCCAAGUCUCGAGAGAAUGGUGCAGACUCUGCCGAUCCGUUUGCGCUGGUUCGGGACUCCAAGACCUCACCCAGGCCUUGGACGACUUUGUACGCCGCGUCCUUCGGCUCCAGCCUCAAGUCGGCCCCUGCCACGCCGAGCAAGACCUCGCCCGCCGAGGCUGACCCAAACGAGUCCAUCAUCGCGCCCUACGGACAACCACCUCCCCGCACUCCGCCACCCUCCCCCGGCACGGCUUCAAGGCGGCACGACUCGCCAGGGCACCCGCCCGGCAACAAGUGGUCGUCACCAAAGCGGGUAGGCUUCAUCACGACGCGCCGAGAUGCAGACUCUGCAUCGCGCCCCUUCAACAUUGUAGCCAGGUCCGGCCUCAUGGAUCGCGCGGGGCAGCGACCUUGGAAAGCACCAGAUGGUCAGGCACCCUUGCCAUCCUUCGGUGCCACCGGCAAAGUCGCACGACGUCCUGAUCAGCUCGGCAUCUCGAUUCGGCCCCGCACCUCCUCGCUGUCAACGAGCGGCGGCGCGCUUGGCAACACGGCCUCGGUCCGACCGGCAACGGCCAGCGCCGUCGAGCACUUCAAUCGCGGACGGGCCUGGGUAGAGAUUGAUCGUCCACUGUCGUCAUUCCGUGCCCGAUCAGACCAUGUUAAAGCUCUUAACAGCCGAGCUCCGUCGACGCACGAGCGUCUAGUCGACACAAUCUCAUCGGGACCGUGGCAGGACGGAGCGCGACCGUCGAGGGACCUUGAUGCCGAGGCACCUACGGACCGUCAGACGCCUGAAGUUUCAGCCUUCCCGCACCGCCCUCCCAAGUCGCCGCUGAGGGCAAACUUUCUGAGCGCUGCCGGAGAGGCCUCUGCCGACGAUUCCGCUCUGUCCAGGAACCGCUACGAGUACGACACGGUCGACGAGCAGUCGAUGUGGCGCACGCCUUCCCCCGCAUCGACUGCGGACCCGACCCAGAACCUCAACAAGGCCUUGCAAAGGGGGACCGGUCGCGAGCAUGACAAGGACCCCUCGGAGGAUGGAGCGAUCCGAUUCGGCGAUGCCAAGGCCCGCACUACGACCAUCGGGGCCGAACGAAAGGACCAGCCCCUCCCCGCCGUUCCCGAUCAGGGGUCGGAGCGCAGGGUCAAGACGAGGGCGUCCAGGCUCAUUGAGCAUCUCGACGACGACUUUGGCACCGACGUGGUCGAUGGCGUGAGGCGCAUGCUGGCCGACGGCGGAUCCAGCGGCUCCCACUACUCUCGAGAAAGCUACGACGAAGGCGAAAGCCGCGAGGACGCCGCCGACAGCCGGAUCAGCCACUCCGACCUGUCCAUCUGGCGCUCCGACGCCACCGUCAUGAGCCUCGUCCGUGCAAAGGCUCCCCGUCUCGGCGAAUGA